UCAUAGUGAAACGAGGCUGCUGGGUGGCUGGGCCCUUCCCAAGCCCCCGGGGCUGCCUGGAGAUGGAGGCGCCCACACCAGUGGACACCUACAGGCUCUGACCCCUCCCAGAUCUGCUUUGUCAAGCAUGGAGGCUGGAGAGCUCCCAAAGGCUGAAGACAGAGCAGAGGACCCAGGCUCCCAAGAUGAACAGCAGCCUGAUUCUCCAUCUGGAGAGCAGAGCCCUGGCCCCAUGGCCCUCUGGGACAUGCUGGAAAGGAAGUUUCUGGAAUACCAGCAGCUGACCCACAGCACCCCAGAAGGACGUCAGAGGAGCCUGCUGAAUCUUCUCCCCCUGUUCCUAAAGGCUUGGAAACACUCCGUGGGCAUCAUCUGCUUCCCCAGUCUCCAAAAGCUGGCAGAAGAUGUUUCCAAUCAGCUUGCCCAACAAAUCCAGAAGGCCCUGGUCGGGAAGCCUGCAGAGGACGCGCGGGUGGCGGCUGGGCAGCUGCUGAGGUGGAGAGGGGACACGGAUCAGGACGGCCACCUGCUCCUGAAGUCAGUGUAUGUGCUCACCGGGACGGACGAGGAGACACUGGGCAAAGUGGCUGAGUCCGGGCUCCUGGCCCUGCUCCUCCAGUGUCUGUACCUCUUCUUUGUCUUUCCUGUGGACAAGGACGAGCUCUUAGAGAGUGACCUGCAAGGGCAGAGGAUGUUCGUACAGAUGUUGCUGAACCUGUGCAGCGAGCCUCAGGGUCUGGAGUGGCUCCUCUCAGGGAGUGAACUCCAGUCUCUGCUCAUCGCCACCACCUGUCUCCGGGAGCACAGCUGCUGCUUCUGGAGAGAGCCCACCUUCUGUGUGCUGAGGGCCAUCUCCAGGGCACAGAGCCCCAGCAUCAUCCAGUACCUGCAGACGACAAACUGCAUGCGGCUCUCUGUCCAGAACCUCUCCAGGCUGGCAGACACUCUCCCAGCACCCGAGGUGAGCGAGGCUGUGAGCCUGGUGCUAAGCUUCGUGAAGGACUCCUACCCAGUCUCCUCCGCUCUGCUCCUGGAGUUUGAGAAUGGAGAGGGCUACCCUCUGCUGCUCAGGGUGCUCCUGCGGUAUGAUGGGCUGACCCAGGGUGAAGUGGACCCGCACUUGGAGGAGCUCGUGGAGCUGGUGGUGUGGCUGACGACCUGCGGGAGGUCCGAGCUGAAGGUGUUUGACAGCAUCACUUACCCCCAGCUUGAGGGAUUCCAGUUCCAUCAGGAGUCUUCCGGCGUGACCGUUAAGAAUCUCCAGGCCUUCCAGGUCCUGCAGAAUGUCUUCCACAAAGCCAGUGACUCCGUCCUCUGCACGCAAGUCCUCUUGGCCAUCAAGACCAUGUGGGCCUGGAACCCGCGGAACUUCUUCCUGCUGGAGUGGACCCUGCAACCCAUCUCACAGUUUGUGGAGCUCAUACCCUCAAAGCCGACCCUGGUACAGGUGCACUUCUUCCAGCUGCUGGAGGCCCUGGUAUUCAGGCUGCGCUAUGUGCCCCACGAGAUCCUGCGCAAAGUGCAGCAUCUGAUCAAAGAGAGCCCCCAGUCGUCCUGCACCCUCGUGGCCCUGAAGAGCAUCCUUAAGAUCACUGGCAGUGAACCUCUCUUCACCGACAUCUUCCGGGACUCGGGGCUGCUGGGCCUGCUGCUGGCACAGCUGCGGAAGCAGGCCAAGAUCAUGAGGAAGUCAGGAAGCAAAGAGCCUAGUCCUGGCAUCCAGGAUCCAGAAAGAGAACUUACCGGCGUGAUGCUGAGAACUGUAGUUGUACUUCUGAAAGGCUCGGUUCGGAAUGCCGUGGUCCUGAAGGACCAUGGCAUGGUGCCCUUCAUCAAGAUCUUCCUGGAUGACGAGUGCUACCGUGAGGCCUCGCUCAGCAUCCUGGAGCAGCUCUCAGUCAUCAAUGCUGAGGAGUACGCGAGCAUCAUCGUGGGCGCGCUGUGCUCCUCCACACAGGGCGAGCUGCAACUGAAACUGGAUCUCCUGCAGUCUCUACUUCGGACCCUCGAGACUCCCAAGGGUCGAGCUGCUUUCCGAGUCUCCAGUGGCUUCACCGGGCUGCUGUCACUGCUGUCUGACUUGGAGGGCUCUCUCCACACGCCCCCGCUGCAGGCCUGGGGUGCUGUGCCCCGCAGCCAGAUCCUGGAGCUGCUGCUGCACACCCUCUGUGCCCUGUCUGCUGCACUGCACCUGGACCCUGUCAACAGUGACUUCUUCCAGAGGCAUGGGCUCUUUGAGAAGCUGGCCGAGGACCUCUGUUCGUUGGGCUGUUUUGGGACCCCAGAGGAAGCAGGUGCCCCUCAGCAGUCCUGGCCCAACACAAAGGCCAGGCUGUUUGCCGAACUGCUGAGCACCACCUUUUCCCCUGAUUGCCCACUCCCAGCCAGGGCACAGAGCUGCCUGCAGGUCCUCGGCUUCCUGGACAGCAUGGCCAGCGGCAUCCUCCACCUGCGAAGGGACCUGAGGCAGCCCCCUGCUACAGACACCCAGGAAGGAGAAGUUGCCGGUAGCCUCCAGGGCAGCUUCAAGCAGUGGCCAGGCCUGGAGGAGAGGCUGGACGAAGGGGAUGCUGUGAUUAUGCACCCUGGGAUUGUAUGCAUCAUGGUGAGGCUGCUUCCCCGGCUGUAUCACAAAGACCACCCACAGCUGUCAGAGGAGAUCCAGUGCUCCGUGGCCAGCCACCUGCUAUCGCUGGUGAAGUCAGAGAAGAACCGGCAGGUCAUGUGUGAGGCAGGCAUGCUCAGGACACUCAUGACCUCUUGCCUUGGGGCCUUCCGCACUAGUAGCAGCCCCCUGCAUGCGCAUCUCAUCAGGAUUUUUGAAAAGCUCGCUUCACAGGCCAUCGAGCCCGACGUGCUGAGGCAGUUUCUAGGACUAGGAAUUCCCCCACCCCUGUCAGCUGCAAUGAAGCUCCUCAAAGCAUCUCCUGAGGGCAGCAGAGACACCCCUGGGUGCUCAGAGUCUCCAACCACAGAUCCUGGAACAGCUGAGGGACCUGCCAAUGCCAGUCCUGCUGUGGCUCGGGACAGUGCAUCCUCUGGCGCAACCCGCGAUUCCACUCCAGCCCUUCAGACAGCACUGAGCCUCAUCUCUAUGACCUCCCCACGCAACCUGCAGCCACACAGGGCGGCCCUGGCUCCAUCCUUUGUGGAAUUUGACAUGUCUGUGGAGGGUUACGGGUGCCUGUUUAUUCCAACCCUGUCUACCAUUAUGGGAACCAGUACUGAGUAUUCUAUCUCCGGAGGGAUUGGGACAGGAGGAGCCAGGCCCUUCCCUCCGCCUGGGGGCCUCACCUUCUCCUGCUGGUUCCUGGUCAGCCAGCAGGCCACUGUCACGGACGCCCACCCGCUCCGCUUCCUUACACUGGUGCGCCACCUGGCCAGGACCGAGCAGCCCUUUGUGUGCUUCUCUGCCAGCCUCUGCCCGGACAGCCUCUCCUUGGUGGUGUCCACAGAAGAGAAGGAGUUCCAGCCCCUGGAUGUCAUGGAGCCUGAGGACACUAUUGAGCCCUCUGCUGGACGCCAGCUUCAGGUCAGGUGUGGCCAGCUGUUGACCUGUGGUCAGUGGCAUCACCUGGCUGUGGUUGUCACCAAGGAAAUGAAAAGAAACUGUACUGUUUCCACAUAUCUGGAUGGACAGGCUAUUGGCUCAGCCAAGAUGCUUUACAUCCAGGCCUUGCCAGGACCCUUUAUUUCAAUGGACCCAUCCUCAUUUGUGGAUGUCUAUGGGUACAUUGCAACCCCUCGGAUUUGGAGACAAAAGUCAUCAUUAAUCUGGCGUCUUGGCCCUACCUACCUCUUUGAAGAACCCAUAUCAAUGGAUACUCUGGAAGUAAUUAUCAAACUUGGGCCAAGAUACUGUGGUAACUUCCAGGCUGUUCUAGGAGAAGACUCAGAUGGUGAGGCCACGCCCCUCAUUGCAGAAGAAAAGGUUUCCUUUGGCCUGCACGUGACCAGCUCCUCCAUCACCAACGUGGCAGACCUCAGAAACACCUACAAUGAGGUGGACAGCCGCCUGAUCGCCAAGGAGAUGAACAUUUCCUCCCGUGAUCAUACUACACCUGUGUUCCUGCUGAGAAAUUGUGCUGGACACCUCUUAGGUUCGCUCCGGACCCUUGGAGCUGUUGCUGUGGGCCAGUUAGGAGUGCGGGUCUUUCACUCCAGCCCUGCUGCCAGCAGCUUGGACUUCAUCGGUGGUCCCGCUAUCCUCCUGGGCCUCAUCUCCUUAGCAACAGAUGACCACACCAUGUACGCAGCUGUGAAGGUCCUGCACUCCGUCCUGACCAGCAACCCCAUGUGUGACCGUCUGAUGCAGCACAUCAGCGGGUACCAGGUAACCCACCUCAGCCGAGCCCACAACAGAGAGAUAGAGAUCCUGGCAUUCCUCCUGCGGAAGAAGACCUCUCUCCUCAACCACCGCAUCCUCCAGCUCAUCCUCUCUGUGGCUGGCACUGCGGAGCUGGGCUUCAGGCCAUCUGCUGUCACCAACAUGGGUGUCUUCCAGCACAUUCUUUGUGACUUUGAGCUCUGGAUGAACACUGCAGACAACCUGGAGCUCACCCUCUUCUCCCACCUUGUGGACAUCCUCCAGUCGCCGAGGGAAGGGGCAAGGAACGCCGAGGUCGCCCACCAGGCACAGCUCAUCCCCAAGCUCAUCUUCCUCUUCAACGAGCCCAGCCUUGCUCCUGCCAAGGUCCCCACCAUCAUUGGCAUCCUCGGCUGCCAGCUGAGGGGCCACUUCAGCAUCCGGGACCUGCUUAGGAUUGGGCUCUUUGUUGUGUACACCCUCAAGCCUUCCUCAGUGGAAGAGACGCAGAUCUGUGUGGAAGGAGCCCCGGCCUCCUCGGUGCCUGCUGGAAGCCAAACAUCUGGAAAGACAAUCAGGCUCCGAAACCAGUUGCUGGAGAUGCUGCUCGGCGUACUCUCUUCCCCCCAAUUCCAUCUGUCCUCUGAGUCAAAGGAGGAGAUGUUUCUGAGCCUGGGCCCUGACUGGUUCCUGCUGCUCCUGCAGGGCCACUUGCAUCCCAGCACUACUGUGUUGGCCUUGAAACUGCUGCUGCACUUCCUGUCUAGCCCCUCUCUCCGUGCCCGAUUCAAGGAUGGUCUGUCUGUGGGCUCCUGGGUGGAGCACAGCACCGAGGGCAUGGCUAUCAUGAUGGACAACCUGAAGAACCCCCCAGCUGUGGCUGAGCAAAGUCCCUGCCUGCUACCUGGCUUCCGUGUCUUGACCGAAUUUCUGGGCUACCGAGUUCACAUCCCGGAAGUUUACCUCAUUGUGUCGACCUUCUUCCUGCAGACCCCACUGACAGAGCUGACGGAUGGGCCCAAGGACAGCCUGGACGCCAUGUUGCAGUGGCUCAUGCAGAAGCACCACCAGCAAGAAGUGCUCCGGGCUGGACUAUGCACAGAAGGUGCCCUGCUGCUCCUGGAAAUGCUGAGAGCUACCAUGAGCCAGCCCUCGGCAGGUCAUGAAGAAGGCGCAUGGGAGAGGACAUUCCCAGCCAGUGUGCUGCACUUUCUGCGUCUUGUGCACCGCACUUACCCCCAGGACCCGGCCUGGAGGGCCCCUGACUUCCUGCAAACCCUAGCCACAAUCACCUUCCCCAUGGGAGCCCAAAAGGGCCCUGUGGCUGAGUCCACUGAGAGCACCAUCAGUCCUGGUGCUGCAGCUGGAGGGAACAGCACCAUAGAGGAUCCCCAGGCCCCUGCUUCCUUCCACCCUGGCCAGAGGCAGCUGAGGGAGUUCACACAGGACUUGCUGAGGGAGCUGCUGCUUGGAGCCCCCAGCCCCAAGCAGUGGCAGCCGCUGGAUGUGUUCCUGGAGGCUUCUCCAGACAAUGCCAGCAGCCAGCAGAAGCGAGACUUCCAGUCUGAAGUCCUGCUGUCCACCAUGGAAAUCUUCCACACCCCAAGCACAGGCAGCACCCUGCUUCUCCCAGGCAGUAGCGAGCCUCAGCACAGCACAGAGGCUGCUGCUGUACCCUCCCUCUGGAACAUCUCCCACUUCGCCCAGAGGCUGGUGGAGAAGCUGUAUGGUGGCAUGUUCUCGGCAGACCCCAAGCACAUCCUGCUCUUCCUCACAGAGCACAUCAUGGUGGUCAUCGAGAGCCCCUCUCCCCAAAGGGACACUGUCCUCAUCACCUUGUAUAGCAGUCUGAACAAAGUCAUUCUUUACUGCCUCUCCAAGCCCCAACAGUCCCUGUCUGAAUGCCUCAACCUGCUCAGCAUCUUGGAGUUUCUGCAGGCGCACUGGGAUGUCGUGUUUGCCACCUACAACUCCAACAUUGGCUUCCUCCUGUGUCUCAUGCACUGCCUUCUUCUGCUCAAUGCAAGAAGUUACCCAGAAGGAUUCGGAUUGGAGCCCAAACCUCGAAUGACUCCUUACCACCAAGUCUUCCUUUCCCCAAGCGAAGAAGUGAAUGAGAAAAGAGAAGAGAAUGUCCCGAGCCUGAGUGAUGCCCAGCACAACAUCAAGAAGACUGUUCAGGCUCUGUGGCAGCAGCUCGUGGCGCAGAGGAGGCAGGCGCUGGAAGACACCUUCAAGAUUGACCUCUCCGUGAAACCUGGAGAGAGUGAAGUGAAGAUCGAAGAGGUCACCCCACUGUGGGAGGAGACCAUGCUGAAAGCCUGGCAGCAUUACUUAGCAACCGAGAAGAAGGCGCUGGCCAGCCGCUCGAAUGUCACACGGCAGAGCAAAGUCUCGUCAUGGAGUGGAAGCCUGUCCUCAGCCAUGCGACUGAUGCCGGGGCGCCAGGCCAAGGACCCUACGUGCAGGGCUGAGGAUUUUGUGUCUUGUAUUGAGAACUGCAGACGAAGGGGACAGGAGCUGUAUGCAUCCCUGUACCGAGACCAUGUGCAGAGGCGGCGAUGCGGCAACAUCAAGGCAGCCAAAGCCUGGGCCUGCAUCCAGGAGCAACUUUUUGGGGAGCUGGGCUUGUGGAGCUGGCCGGCGGAAAAGGCCACGCCCUGCUCCCACUGGGAACUGGACUGGAGAGAAGGCCCUGCUCGCAUGAGGAAGCGCAUCCGGCGCUUGUCUCCGUGGGAGACUGCAAGCCCAGGGGGAUGCAAGGAGAGCCAAGACCAACAGGGAGAUAUUUCACAGAACAAUGCUGAAAAACAAGGUGAGCUGGCACCAGAGGACACUGCGUGUGAGCCCGACAAGGUGGUGCUGGACUGCACCCAGCUCACCUUCUUCCCUGCCCUGCAUGAGAGUCUGCACUCGGAAGACUUCUUGGAACUGUGUCGAGAGAGACAGGUCAUCCUGCAAGAGCUCCUGGAUGGGGAAAAGGUGACACAGAAGUUCUCCCUGGUGAUUGUGCAGGGCCACCUGGUCUCAGAAGGCGUCCUGCUCUUUGGCCAUCAGAACUUCUACCUCUGCGAGAACUUUACUCUGUCUCCCACAGGUGAUGUCUACUGCACCCGCCACUGCUUAUCCAACAUCAGUGAUCCCUUCAUUUUCAACAUGUGCAGCAAAGACAGGUCCUCUGACCAUUAUUCAUGCCAACGCCAUGGCUAUGGAGACCUCAAGGAGCUCCGGCAGGCGCGCUUCUUGCUGCAGGACAUUGCCAUGGAGAUCUUUUUCCAAAAUGGAUAUUCCAAGUUUCUUGUCUUCUACAACAGUGAUCGGAGUAAAGCCUUCAAAAGCUUCUGCUCUUUCCAGCCCAGCUUGAAGGGGAAAGGCAUCUCAGAGGACCCCCUCAAUCUCAGACAGAGAGGCGCCAGCAGAGACCACCACCAAAGAGGAGCUGGACCUUGGCCAUGGCCACUGAGGCGGCCCCCCAGCUCUGACAGGACCAUGCUGCAGAGGUGGCAGAAAAGGGACAUCAGCAAUUUCGAGUACCUAAUGCACUUGAACACCUUGGCCGGGAGGACCCACAAUGACUACAUGCAGUACCCAGUGUUCCCCUGGGUGCUGGCUGACUACACCUCUGAGACACUGAACUUGACCAAUCCCAAGACUUUCCGGGAUCUUUCCAAGCCUAUGGGGGCUCAGACCAAGGAGAGGAAGCUGAAAUUCAUCCAGAGGUUUAAAGAAGUUGAAAAAAUCGAAGGAGACAUGACUGUCCAGUGCCACUACUACACCCACUACUCCUCUGCCAUCAUCGUCGCCUCCUACCUGGUCCGGAUGCCACCCUUCACUCAGGCCUUUUGCUCUCUGCAGGGAGGAAGCUUCGAUGUCGCUGACCGGAUGUUCCACAGCGUGAGAGGCGCUUGGGAGUCAGCCUCCAGGGAGAACAUGAGCGACAUCCGUGAGCUGACUCCCGAGUUCUUCUACCUGCCUGAGUUCCUCACCAACUGCAAUGCUAUGGAGUUUGGUUGUAUGCAGGAUGGGACGGUGCUGGGUGAUGUUCAGCUCCCUCCCUGGGCAGACGGGGACCCAAGGAAGUUCAUCAGCCUGCACAGACAGGCUCUGGAAAGCGACUUCGUCAGCACCAACCUCCACCACUGGAUAGACCUCAUUUUUGGGUACAAGCAGCAGGGGCCGGCCGCAGUGGAGGCGGUAAACACCUUCCACCCCUACUUCUAUGGAGACAGGGUAGAUCUCAGCAGCAUCAGUGACCCCCUGAUCAAGAGCACCAUCCUGGGGUUUGUCAGCAACUUUGGCCAGGUGCCCAAACAGCUCUUCACCAAGCCCCACCCGGCCAGGAAUGCCAUGGGGAGACCUCCAUCUGGGAGGGACACGGCCACACCUGCCAGCAUGCCCAGCCACCCGCAGCCCUUCCUGCACAACCUGCAGUCACUGAAGCCCUUCCAGGUCACUGUCAAAGAUAUGUUCCUCUUCUCUUUAGGAUCGGAGUCUCCCAAAGGGGCCAUCGGUCACAUCAUCCCCACUGAGAAGAACAUCCUGGCGGUAGAGAAGAACAAGGUGCUGCUGCCUCCUGCCUGGAACAGGAUUUUCAGCUGGGGGUUUGAUGACUUCAGCUGUUGCCUGGGGACCUAUGGUUCUGACAAGGUCCUGCUGACCUUCGAGAAUCUGGCUGCCUGGGGCCACUGUCUGUGUGCUGUGUGCCCAUCACCCACAGUGAUCGUCACCUCCGGGGCCAGUGCUGUGGUGUGUGUGUGGGAGCUCAGUGUGGUCAAAGGCCAUCCGAGAGGUCUGCGUCUCCGGCAGGCUCUGUAUGGACACACCCAGGCAGUCACAUGCCUGGCAGCAUCAGUUACCUUCAGCCUCCUGGUGAGUGGCUCUCAGGACCGCACCUGCAUCCUGUGGGACCUGGACUGCCUUGUGCAUGUGGCACGCCUGCCUGCCCACCGGGAGGGCAUCUCGGCCAUUGCUAUUAGUGACGUCUCGGGCACCAUUGUCUCCUGUGCGGGUGCCCACUUGUCCCUGUGGGACGUGAAUGGACAGCCCCUGGCCAGCAUCACCACAGCCUGGGGCCUGGAAGGAUCCAUAACAUGCUGCUGCAUGGUGGAGGGGCCAGCAUGGGACCCAAACCACGUCGUUGUCACUGGGAGUCAAGACGGCAUGGUGCGGAUUUGGAAGACUGAGGAUGUGAAGAUGUCUGUUCCUGGCCAGGCAGCUGCAGAGGAGUCCUGCGUGCAGCCUCCUAGCCCCAGAGGGAACAAGUGGCAGAAGAACCUUGCCCUGUGCAUGGAGCUGGAUGUCAGCCUUGCUUUGACAGGAAAGCCCAGCAAGGCCAGCCCUCCAGUGACAGCCCUGGCGGUGUCUAGGAACCAGCCCAAGCUCCUGGUCGGUGAUGAGAAGGGGAGAAUAUUCUGCUGGUCUGCAGACGGGUAGGCUGCAGUAGGGGCUCUGCAUGUAGCUUUGUGCGGCACCCAGCAGUGGAAAUGCUCAGUGCCUUCAGGGGCCCCCCUCCCCAGGGCACUUGAAGAAGGGGCCUCUGCCAAUCAGUGCUCUGGGCCCCAACCAUCCUUGUGGCCCACAGGAGGACUAUAGGCAGGCUAUGAAGACACAUUCAUGCUGGACACUGACCUGCGGGUGACAAGAUGCACUGGAAACGCACAUGACUCUGCUACUGCACUGAGAGAAAUGGGGUUGAUUACUGGAAACUGUCAGUGUGUGUUUGUUUUAUUAAAGCAGCUGUUUUCCCAGUGCCAGAA